CGCCGCCAGCGUCGCUCGAUAGUGGGCAGAAGGCCGCUGGGAGAUGGAGGGCGUUGUAGAGGAUGCAGGUGAGUUUGUGAGCUGGGCCGUCAACAACCACUUCGACUCUGGAUGGGAUCGUGCUCGCAAGUACAUCAACGGCAAGAAAGUCGAAGACGUGUACCGGCCUGUACGACCGCCGCGUUCACUGCCACCGGACCAUCAUCAGCAGGUCAUUACGGCCGCCCCGCCCCGGAGUAGUAAGCAGCAGCAGCAGCAGCGCCGCGCAGCGACUGCGGCGGCCUCUUCGUCGUCUUCGAGCAGCUCUGGUGGCGCGAACCGCACAGGGCUCCGGUCAGCAUCGCAAGGCCGCAAUUCACGCGUGAGGUCAUCAGACUUUGAGCGCAAUACUGCCUUUGCCUUAACUCGUUCAGCCCGUCCUCUCGACGCUGAUCCAUACACCACUCAACUCGUCCAUCUUCCAGCGUCGCGACGCAAGCAAGCAAGUCUUCUAGAACCUGCUGCAAAGAGUCGUUUCGCCGACGAUUCGGAUACUUCAGCUCUCAUCCGUACUCUGAACGAACGCAACGAUCGUGUCUUGCAGGAGUACGAAGCAGAAACCGACGAUCCUGCGCGCAACCCAGCCUCCGUCCUUCCCGAAAAGGAUCUCUGGACUCUCGAAAAGCACGACAAGCCGAACAAGCAGCUCGUCGCAACGACCAACGCUGGUUCUCGCAGAGACAGCGGAAUGGCAUCGGGGUACAACGACGACUACCGGGGUAACACCCAAUACCAGGGCGAGACGCGCUCACGGUCUGCCCAGCCUCCACCGCGCAGUCGCUACUAUGAUGACGACGACAGCGACUACGACGAGCGAAGUGGUCGCAGGUACGAAAGUGGUGGCCGAGGAUAUAGUGAUCGCGACCGAUACGACGAUCGCGACUACGAUCGCUAUGUCGAGACGACAGAGAGAUAUCGGGGACCUGUAGGUGCAGGACCACUUGUUCCCGCCGACCGCAGAGACAGCUACGCCCGUGAUGCGCCGUACGGCGCUGCAGGCACCGUAGCGCGUCGCUCCGACCCUCAUCUCGACCGUUCGCAAGUCAGUCGCCGCAGCGGAGUCUCACGCGGCCGCGAACGAUCGUACUCUCGCUCACGCUCUCGAAGCCGGUCGCGCAGCAGAUCCGGCGGAGGCAGCAACUUCCAAGACAAAAUCGCGCAAACCUUUGACACUUCUAGUAGAGGUCUCGGAGUCGGUUUGGCCGGUGCUGUCGCUGGAGGUUUGGCAGGCAGACAAUUCGGCAAGCAACAUCGUCAACGUGAUAUUAUCAUCGGUGCUGUUGUGGGCGGAUUGUUGGCCAAUGCCGGAGAGAAUAAGUGGAGUGAGUACCGGGAGGACAAGAAGAGAGAGGAGGAAGGGAUGCGAUAUGAGGGGAGGAGCAGAAGCCAAGGGCGAUAAUGACCUUCCCUCUCUCCUUCCUUCGCUCCUGCCACGGAGGCGACCCGGUGCGAUUUCCAAAUGUUAUGAUGAUGGAUUGGACAUGGACCGCAUGGCAUUAUGAGAUGGCAUGGACUGGAUACGGGCUUAUGACUUUCCUAUUUCUUCUUCUUCUUCUUCACUUCAUCAUGAUACGACAGCGGGUACGAGUAUUAGAGGCGGCACGGCUUUGCAUAGCGUUUUGGCUGAGGCUGCGAGUUUCUGAUCGAGGUAGACUUGAGUGUGACAGACAUACAUUGUGAA